AUCAACAUGCGACUGCAUUCUCUUCUCGCCACGCUGCCCUUCACAGCAGCAGCCCUAACCUCCUCCAACAUCGUCAACCAGACCACCUGCGGCAACACCACCUACACCUACGUCGGCCUCGAAGGCUACGGCUUCGUACCCUCCAACGCCACCGACAAAUAUGGCGACACCAUGGGAGGCUUUGGCAGCUCGGCCGCCUUCGACCUGGCCACCUGGCGUCGCACCGGCCUCAACUCCUACACCGGUAUUCUCUACACCCUUCCAGACCGCGGCUGGAACACCAACGGCACCCUCAACUUCCAACCACGCAUCCAUACCUUCAACCUCACCCUUCACCUGGCCCCCAAUGCCUCCUCAUCCCACCCCUCCCCUCCCAACAUCCACCUCCACUAUCUCGACACCCUCCUCCUCACCGGACCAGACAACCAACCCCUAACCGGCCUUGACGCCUCCUUCACCGGCACCUCCAGCUACCCCAACUUGCCUCCCCUCCCCAUCGCCGUCUACACCGGCGAUGGCUUCGGUGGCCCCGGCCCCGGAGGCCACCGCAUCCCACUGGACUCAGAAGGCCUGGCCCUGCCCGCUCAUGACCCCUCGCACAUCUGGAUCUGCGACGAAUACGGCCCCUACAUCUACAAAUUCAACAAACACACCGGCCAAAUGGUCCAAGCCAUUCAACCUCCCCCAGCCUAUCUCCCCCGUCGCAACUCCACCCUCAGCUUCAGCGCCGACAGCCCCCCAAUCUACAACCCCUCCCUAACCCCCUCCCCAGCGGACCCCGAUCCCGGUCGCGACAACAACCAAGGCUUCGAAGCCCUAACCAUCUCCCCCGACGGCCGCAAACUUUACACUCUCCUCCAAUCAGCCCUCAACCAAGAAGGUGGCCUGAAAAAGACAUCCCGCAAUCAGGCCAGACUCCUCCAAUACGACAUCUCCUCCGGCAUCAACGCCACCUACGAACAUUCCUACGUAGUCACUCUCCCCAAAUACCACAACCCCACUAAAGACGAAAAGGUCGUCGCAGCACAAUCUGAAAUCCACCUCCUCCCAACAGGCGACUUUCUCAUCCUAGCGAGAGACUCUGGCUUCGGACACGGCCAAUCAAACUCCUUAUCCGUCUAUCGUCACGCAGAUAUCUUCCACAUUGGUUCCAACACCACGGACCUGAAAUCUCUAACGGGUGUAGAUUCCCCUAACGGAACCAUCGCCUCCAAAAAGGGAACCUUGAAUCCUGGCAUCACGGCUGCAGAAUACUGCCCUUUCCUUGAUUACAAUAUCGAAGACCAGCUCGCUAGAUUCGGCCUUCAUAACGGCGGACCGCAGGAUCAGUGGUUGUUGAAUGAAAAAUGGGAGAGUUUGGCGCUGGUGCCGGUGGACCCGGACAGUGAUAGCACCGAGUAUUUUGUGUUCAGUAUUAGUGAUAAUGAUUUUAUUACGCAGGAUGGGUAUAUGAAUUUCGGUCGCUUCAGGUAUGCUGAUGCAUCAGGGUAUAAUUUGGAUAAUCAGGUGUUGGUGUUUAGGAUUCGGUUUUAG